UUCCCUCCUUCCCCUGCCGUCCGUGCUCAUUGGCGCCUGCUGCCUGGCCCAACCUCAGACAGAAAGGCCACACUCAAGCUAUGCUUCAUGGACUCCGGGGGCAUCUUGAAGGCAUUUCCCAAGCGGAAGAAAAUUCAUUCCAAUUCAUCAUCAAAAGCCUUGGUGAAGAUUCCCAAAAGAGAAGAAGGCACAGCAGCAGCAGGAGAGUGGCUCCAUCCCCUGCGGGUCCAUGUUGUGCCCACCGGCAUUGGACGAGCCCGCGCAGAGCUCUUUGAGAAGCAGAUUGUUCAGCAUGGUGGACAGGUGUGUCCUGCUCAGGCCCCGGGCAUCACGCACAUCGUGGUGGAUGAGGACAUGGACUACGAGCGGGCCCUCCGCCUCCUGAGGCUGCCCCGACUGCCCACGGGAGCUCAGCUGGUGAGAUACCUGGACCAAGCACCAGCCAGCAAGGCAGAUCAAGACUCAUCGACUCCCCCUAGCACCCACAGGGCUCUGCCUGAGACAGUGCUCUCUCCUCCCCCUCCUCCCACCAGACCCGUAUCUCCGCCCCAAAAAGCAGAGAAAGCACCAAGCACUCAAGCCACCCAGCCUGUCUCUGAUGACGAAGCCAGUGAUGGGGAGGAGCCCCAGGUUAGCGAAGCUGAUCUGGAAGCCCUGAUCACCGGCCACUACCCCAGCCACCCGGAGGGAGAUGCGGAGCCUGGCCCAGCCCCAGAGGCCCUGGGGAAGUGGGUCUGUGCCCAGCCCUCCAGCCAGAAGGCAACCAACCACAACUCCCAUGUCACAGAGAAACUGCAAGUGUUGGCCAAAGCCUAUAGUGUCCAAGGGGACAAAUGGCGGGCUCUGGGCUAUGCCAAAGCCAUCAACGCCCUCAAGAGCUUCCACAAGCCUGUCACCUCCUAUCAGGAAGCCUGCAGUAUCCCUGGGAUCGGGAAGCGGAUGGCUGAAAAGGUCGUAGAGAUCCUGGAGAGUGGCCACCUGCGGAAGCUGGAUCACAUCAGUGAGAGCGUGCCCAUCCUGGAGCUCUUCUCCAACAUCUGGGGGGCCGGAAGCAAGACUGCCCAGAUGUGGUACCAACAGGGUUUCCGGAGCCUGGAAGAUAUCCGCAGCCAGGCUUCCCUGACUGCCCAGCAGGCCAUUGGCCUGAAGCAUUACGACGACUUCUUAGAACGCAUGCCCAGGGAAGAGGCCGCAGAGAUCGAGCAGACGGUCCGGGAAGCUGCACAAGCCUUCAACCCCGGGCUGCUGUGUGUGGCAUGCGGCUCGUACCGGCGAGGCAAGGCCACCUGUGGGGACGUAGACGUUCUCAUCACUCACCCCGACGGUCGGGCCCACCAGGGCAUCUUUAGUCGCCUCCUUGACAGCCUUCGGCAGCAAGGGUUCCUCACAGAUGACCUGGUGAGCCAAGAAGAAAAUGGACUGCAACAGAAGUACCUGGGUGUGUGUCGGCUCCCGGGCCCUGGGCGGCGGCACCGAAGGCUGGACAUCAUCGUGGUACCCUACAGUGAGUUUGCCUGUGCCCUGCUCUACUUCACCGGCUCUGCCCACUUCAACCGGUCCAUGCGAGCCUUGGCCAAAACCAAGGGCAUGAGCUUGUCAGAGCAUGCCCUCAGCACAGCUGUGGUCCGGAACAGCCAAGGUGUCAAGGUGGCACCUGGCCAGAUGCUUCCCACUCCCACAGAGAAGGAUGUCUUCAGACUCUUAGGGCUGCCUUACCGAGAACCAGCUGAGCGGGACUGGUGACUCCCUGGUGCCCACCCCGGCAGGGCUCGCCUCAGCUGGCCAUUUGAGUUCCCAGCUGUUCUCUGCAGCCCUGAGCUUGGGGCUUCCAGGACCUACCCAGCCCUCUCCUGGUAGGGUUGGCACAGUCCUUGCCCCAUUUGAAACAGCAGCAGGUGGCUGAUUUGAAGCCAGCUUUCUGUGCUGACAGUCCCGGCAUCACCCUAUCCUCAGUGGUCCCAGUUGCUGAGGACAGGAGGGGAGCAGCUGGGGCCCCAGCAUCGUGCAGGACCCUCUGGAGCUCAGAGUGAGCCAUUCCUUCCACUCUCCCCUACUUCCUGUGCAGCUGGAGCUGCUGGGAAGGGGGCACCCUUGGCUUGAUGAGGACAGCAUUGGGAGGUCCAGGGACCCAGUAAAGUGCAUUGGAUGUUGAACCUGCCUGGUGUCUGUCAAUUGCUACAUACCCUGCCUAGCCAGGGAUGGGACCAGGAACUGAAUGCAGACAGCCCAGAGAAGCUGC